AUGUCCUCCGAGAACCCCGCGAGACCGCCCGCGGACGCGCCGGCGUCGACCGCGCCGCCCGCGGACGCGCCAGUGCGCGAUCGAUCCGGCGGCGACGCGUCCACGUCCGCGACCGCCGCGACGAUCGCGAGCGCCGCGGAUCCCGCGUCGACCGCGCCCGCGCCGGACGCCGCGAUCGCGCCCGCGCCGGACGCCGCGAUCGCGCCCGACGCCGCCGCCGCCGCCGCGGCGGCGGCGAAUGCGCCGCCGACGCCGACGGUCACCCCGCCGCCCACGCAGACGAUCUUCGCCAAGGGCGACAAGGUGUCCGCGUUCGCCGCGUUCGACUCCACGCGCAAGCACGCGGACGUGCUCGAGGUGCGACGCCCCGCGGGGUUCGACCCCACCACCGGCGACCCCGCGAAGAUCUCGUACUACGUCCGGUACGACGGGUUCGACAAGCGCCUGGACGCGUGGGUGAGCGGCGACAAGCUGUGGCCGGCGGCGACGAGGACGAAGGGAUCGGGCGUCGACCUCGGCGACCUUUCGGGCGCGGGCGGCGCGACGAGGAAGAUGACGCGGACGCUGAAGCGGCGGUACAACGAGAUCAACAACGUCGGCGUCGCGACGGAGGAUCUCACGGCGCUCGAUCAGAAACUGGAGCACGAGCACGACGAGAGGACCAAGGUGAAGAACAUCGGGAUCGUGGAGUGCGGGAAGUACGAGGUGGACGCGUGGUACUUCUCGCCGUAUCCGGAGGAGUAUCAGCACUGCGACCGUCUGUACGUGUGCGAGCACUGCCUGAAGUACAUGCGCAAGGAGCGGACGCUUCUGAAGCACAAGGCGCGGUGCGCGGCCUCGCAUCCGCCGGGGAAACGCAUCUACGAGCACCCGCGAAAGGCGGAGGGCAAACCCACGGUGUCGUUCUGGGAGAUCGACGGCGCGGGCGACGGGAAGGUGUACUGUCAGAACCUGUGCUUGCUCGCGAAGCUUUUUCUGGACCACAAGACGCUGUAUUACGACGUCUCGCCGUUUUUGUUUUACGUCAUGACGGAGGAGGACGAGACGACGGGGAAGCACUCCGUCGUGGGCUACUUUUCCAAAGAGAAGUGGUCCGUCGAGGACUACAACCUCGCGUGCAUUCUCACGCUGCCGCCGUACCAGCGCAGAGGGUACGGCAGCUUCCUGAUCGCGAUGUCGUACGAGCUCUCGAGCCGCGAGGAAAAGCUCGGGACCCCCGAGCGUCCGCUGUCCGACCUCGGGCAAGUGUCGUACCGCUCGUUUUGGAGCAAACGCAUUCUCGAGGUGUUGCAGCGCGCGAAAGGGAACCUCUCCGUGAAGGACAUCAGCGCGGAGACGUCGUUCAAGGAGAUGGACAUCGUCAGCUCGCUGCAGUCGCUGAACCUGUUGAAGUACUGGAAAGGGCAGCACAUCAUCAGCGCGACGCCGAAGAUCAUCGAGGAACACCUGAAGACGUUUACGCGAAAGAACGCGAUUGAGAUUAAUCCAGACCUGAUGCGGUGGACGCCGCCGGUGUUCGCGCCGCCGCCGAACCCGCGCAAGGGCGGGGCGAACCGGCAGUGA